UGGGUGCGUCUACUAAGCUUUCAUUGUGCCUCCGGGAGGGCUAUGCUUAAUUAUUUGCUCCCAUUCCUGGAUUUACCAGCCGAGGCGGCUUUCCUUUCAGCUGUAGGAACGGGUGUUUUUUUCUUGGUUUGGGUCUACCCAGGAACCCUUGGGACUCGGUGUGUCCUUUUUUACCCCCUCCGUUUUGACUCCCAGGUACCCUAGGACAGACAGGCUAGAUGGGG